AUUGCAACACUCAGUACUUCAAAAAAGUUAGGUUAUCACAAGUUAUGUGUGAUGUGUCAAAUUUAUAUAUGAAAAAUACAUUAAUGCUUUAUUUUGUUACAUUAUUUUGACUAUACACUGAGUGUACAUCGAAUAAUGUCUGUUGUUAUAGAAACGACGCUUGGGGAUAUUACAGUAGAUUUGUACCUCGAACAACGACCUGUGACAUGUUUAAACUUUCUGAAACUAUGCAAAAUGAAAUAUUACAAUUUCAACCUUUUCCACACGAUACGCAGUGGGUUUAUAGCUCAAACUGGAGACCCCACGGGUGAAGGCUCUGGCGGGCAGUCUGUUUUUGGUCUACUGGAAGGCCCCAGCAAAAGAUUUUUCUCGGGAGAGAAAAUGCCAAAAAUUCGUCACACGGACGCCGGCUUAUUGUCAAUGGUGUGCACUGGAGACAUGAUGGUCGGCUCGCAGUUCUUCUUCACUCUUGCACCGGAUUUAGACUCUCUAAACGGAAUACAUUGUGUUAUUGGUGAAGUAACUGAGGGCCAGGAAGUGCUAAGAAAACUCAACGACGUUAUUUGUGACGAGUCUCAUCGUCCUUACCGAGAUGUAAGGAUAACACACACAGUUGUUCUAGAAGACCCAUUCAAUGAUCCGCCAGGCCUGAGAGCACCAUCCAGAUCUCCCUCACCUAGUGCUGAACGACUGAAAGGUGGCAGAAUCGCGCCUGAUGAAGAAAUAGAUGAAACAAAAGGUAAAAGUAUUGCUGAAGUGCAAGAAAUGCUAGAAGAAAAAGAGGCCAAAGCUCGGGCAACAAUUUUAGAAAUCAUAGGUGACUUACCAGAUGCAAAUAUAGCCCCUCCAGAAAAUGUCCUCUUUGUGUGUAAACUAAAUCCAGUCACAACUGAUGAGGAUUUAGAAAUCAUCUUUAGUAGAUUUGGAAAAAUUGUCAGCUGUGAAGUAAUAAGAGAUAAAAAGACUGGUGAUUCCUUACAAUAUGCCUUUAUAGAGUUUUCUGAUAAAAAGUCCUGUGAAGAAGCUUAUUUUAAAAUGGAUAAUGUGUUGAUAGAUGAUAGAAGAAUACAUGUUGACUUUUCACAAUCUGUAUCUAAAAUAAAAUGGCUAGGAAAAGGCAGAGGAGUCAAACACUUAGACGAUAAUGAAAUUCUAGCUAACCAUAUUGACAAUCAGAAAUCCAAAAGGUCUUUUAGUUCAGAAAGGGGUCAUAGAAAUGGAAGAGACCAUGAAAAUAACAGUGGUAAUCGCAGUAACAGGAGAGGAAACAGAAGUAGAGAUAGGACUUCUGAUAGAGAAAAAAGGCAUGAUAGGCAGCACAGAAAUGAAAAAGAUUCUGAAAAGAGACAUAGAAGUAGAAGUAAAAGUAGAUCUAAAUUAAGUAGACAUAGAAAUGAAAUUGAUAGUAGGCACAAACAUAACUCUCGAUAUUCGGAGCAAAACAAUGACAGGGGACCUGAUUUACAUAGAGAUUAUAAAGACUCUUCUAAAUCCAGGGUAUCACCCUCAAGAAUAAGCAAAGUUAGACCAUCUUCCAAUAGAGAGAAGGAAGAUUCAAGGCAUACAAGUAGAGAAAAUAAUGAAAGAAAGGAAAAAAACCAACAUAGAAAACACAGAUCAGAAAAAGACAUGGUUAAUAAUGAUAAAUAUAAGAAAAAAGAAUUACACAAGAAAGAGAAAUACACAAUGAAUGAGGAUAAAGGCAGUGAGCCACGUACACCAUCACCUAUAGCAAAUAAGAAAAGUAAAAGUAGAAAAAAUGAUAAAACUAAACAUGUAAAGAAUAGUCACAAUAAUAAAAAGAAGCGUAAACAUUCAACUUCAACCUCAGAUAGUGAGUCAUCUUUUUCCAGUUCAUCCAGUAGCGAUACAACUUCAUCUAGCGAAAGAGAUAAAAAGAAAAACAAGACUAAAAUAAGAAAAAGACGAUAUUCAUCGUCAAGUACCAGUAGCAGUAGUAGUGACUCAAGUUCUUCUUCCAGCACCACUACAUCAUCAAGUAGUUAUUCUAGCUCAACCACUGAGAGUGAAAGAGAUAAAAAGAAAAGACGCAAAAUGACUGCAAAGAAAACCAAACCUAAAAAGAAGUUAUAGGGCAUGUUAAUUGUAUUUAGUUAUAAAAUACAUUGUAUUUGUUUUCUCCUUUUGUUUACUUUGAAUUAUCAUAAGUACCUUAUUAGAUGUAAGUUAUAGUACAAUUAUUAUUUUGUAGUUCAGUUAAAUUUGUUGCUUAAAUCCUGAUAAAUGUCAAUGCUAGUGUACUUUCUUACCAUUCAUAACAAUAAACUAUUUAAUCAAUAGUGUAUAAGUGGCGACUGUCUUAUGAUCAAAGAAGUAUUGCAUUCACUAACAAAUUAUAUUCUCAUGUUAUGGACAUUAUUUGGCAGUAUUUGCUAAGAUUUUAUGGAUGUUAUCAUUGUCAUUGAAUCUCAAUCAUAUUUGUUAUGCAUUCAAUACAGAGUUUAAGCAAUAAUGUCUCAAA